CUCUUUCAUUGUUGCUGGAUUUGGGAUAACAUUAUCUCCGUCGAAUUCACCCCCCACCCCUUCGACCGUUAUUUCGACAUGCCGGCGCCAGCAGCUGGCAGUCUCACUUGUUCCGCGUUGCGGAGUCGAGAUCUUUGCGUUACGAGUCGUGGCUGGUGACUCGUGUUACAGCCGACACACGUGACGCCGCUCAUGAUUCUACUUGACAUUGUGAACGGAUUAAAUUGCGAGUUCAGUGUGAUGCGGACGUAACAUUUAUUUAACCCAAAUUACCAUUUCGAGCAAGGAUUUACUUCGAGCGAAUUCGAGUUCUAAACGCGUAACUUGCAAGGUGCGCAACCAGUAGCAAGUAUGAAGAGUCGUCCUAAUAAUCGAAGGCCGGGUGACACCCAAGGGAGCGACAUUGAAAGUACUGAACCUCUGAGGCUCGACUUGAAAUCUUUCGAUGAUAUGCUUCCACACGUUGGAGAUUUUGGGUUCUAUCAGUGGCUCUUGCUAAUCUCUUUAAUUCCAUAUUGUUUUACGUACUCUGUGCUUUAUUUUGGGCAAUUUUUCAUCACUUUGGUUCCUACUACAUAUUGGUGUCACGUUGAUGGACUGGGAAACUUAACAAUCGAGGAAAGACGCAACGAGAAUAUACCACAAUUAUUGAAUGCAGAUCCACCCUAUGAGACUUGCCACCGGUGGAAUGACAGUAGUGCCAAGGAAAACAGCAGUCUAGUGAGUUGUACCACUUGGGAGUACAACUUGACUUCGAUUCCGUACAAAAGCUUGGCUGCUGAGCUCGACUGGGUGUGUGAUCGUUCGUACUUGGUCUCUACUGCCCAAUCAAUAUUCUUCUGUGGAUCGAUUGUUGGCGGUCUACUCUUCGGAUGGCUUGCGGACCACAAAGGGCGAAUACCUGCUCUCGUUAUUUGCAAUGGAGUAGGUCUACUUGCUACAGUCGCCACCGCCUAUGCUAAUUCCUUUUGGAGCUUCGCCGUCAUCAGAUUUUUCGCUGGACUAGCGUUUGACAACUGCAUCAACAUUCCGCUGAUUAUUGUACUGGAAUACGUGGCAGUGGAUAAACGUAGUCUAGUGGUUAACGGUGCCUUUGGAUUUUACUUUGCGCUGUCAAGUACAAUUUUACCAUGGAUAGCCUAUUUCGUCGCAGACUGGAGAAUUCUAUGCUACGUGCUUGCAAUUCCAUUUCUAAAUGCCAUGGUCACGCCAUGGAUACUUCCAGAAAGUUCCAGGUGGUACAUGACCUCUGGUAUGUCGGACAAAGUUGUAACAAAAUUGAAAAGAAUCGCACAAUUCAAUAAGAAGACUCCAGAUCCUGCUAUUUACGAUGCAUUUAUGGCCAAUCAGGAGAAAGACGACCGUGAGGAGCAAACGGCUACAGUCCUAGACUUAUUUAAAACACGACGCCUGGCGAAACAUACGAUUCUUGUUACUCUGUUCUGGACACUGACAGCAUUGGCUUUUGAUGGGCACGUUUAUUCCCUGAAAUCGCUAUCAGGAUCCGUGUUUGUGUCAUUUACACUUACAAGCGCAACUGAAUUGCCAGCUGGGAUUCUUCUUAUUCUGGUAUUAGAUCGAUGGGGCAGACGUGCUUGCUCUUUCGUUCCAACAAUUUUGACAGCGGUUUGCAGUUUUUUAAUGAUAUUCAUAAAAACAGGCGUUGCAUCAUUGGUGGUUGCAGUGAUUGCUAGGUUUUUGUUGAACAUGGCAGCAAACGUUGCUCUACAAUAUGCAGCUGAAGUAUUACCGACACCCGCUCGUGCCCAAGGCGUUGCCCUUGUUCAUAUUUUUGGCAUCAUUGCACAUUCGAUGGCACCUUACGUUAUCGAAAUGACACACAUAUGGGACAAACUACCAAUGAUAACGCUUACGCUAGUGUCACUUGUAGCAUCAAUUCUAGUGCUGCAUUUACCCGAAACUAUGGGGGAGGAUUUGCCACAGACUCUUCAAGAAGGUGAAGACUUCUGUAGAGAGCAAAACUUUUGGUCUGUACCUUGUAUUAAAAAGAAAUCGAGGCCCGUUUGAUGGGUCUUACCUUGGAAGAUCACACCGUAUAUUAAGUAUAGUGAUAAUGAUAAUGAUAAUAUAAUACUAGGUAAAUACAAACUAAACGUUCGAACGAUGUUAUAUUUAUUAUUAGAUCCGUUGAACAAUAGCUGUAAUUCUGCGCACUGUUUGAUAUACAGUUUCGUUAUGCGCUCGGCUAUACGACAAUUUUUUUUCCCAUUUUUAUUGACCAUCAUGAGGCUCGGGAAAGCGAUUUGGUAUGUCUUGUUUAUCCUCCGGGAAUCCUUUUACGGUGAACGCACUAAUGGAAUAUAUUUUGAAAUCAUUCAAUAACUUCUGAAUAAAUUUCCUGAAUUUUUUUGGAUUUCCAUAAGUAAUGCAGAGUUUCGAAUAUGCGUAUUAUUCAGUGUCAGCUAUUCUGGUGAGGCACUGUUUCCGAACUAAUUGCUUGAUUGCGAGAGAUUUUGUUGGUUUAAAAAUAAUUCAACUAUUUCCUUUAACAAACGUUACGUUAUGCUGACAAGUCGUAUAGUUUCAGAAAAUUGUCUCCUUAUAUUUCUCAAGUACUCAAUUGCUGUGAUUCAUAUUUGCUGCAUUGAAAUUCUAUCACGCACAAAAAUUCUUAAUUUACAUUGCUAAGAAAACGUCUGUGAAAGACCGGAACAUUUGUACUUACUUGAAUAUACAUUGACUGUAAAAACUAAUAAUUAUACAAUGAAGAACUUGCAUUUCUGAAUCAUGCUAUUUUUAUUCGAAAACAAUGACGUUGAAGCAACCUGAACGUGUAGGUAUACCUAUACGCCUCUGAUAGUUUCAGUUAAUAUCGAUCGUGUUUGAUGCCUUUACUCGAAUCGCGAACACAUUUAAAAUUUGGUGCGAGAUUGCGACAGCUGCGGCUGGCAAAGUCGAACUUACAACAAUUAAACAAACCAUCAACUUCAAUGAUCAGAUUGAUGAAUUUCUCGGUCCAAGCUCCGUGCUAAAACAGUUCGGUAGGACAUAAAAGUUCUGGUAAUGUGGUGUAAUAUCAAAAUCAGAAACACGAUAUACUUAGGAAUUAAUAAGUAUGUAAGUAUGGCAUGCAGUGAUUACGAUUACAAAGAUUACGACUUGAUUACAGAGAUCACAGGGAUUGCAAAGAAAUGUGAUUGCAAAAGUGGAUGCAGAGUUUGUAUUAUAAGCAGAUAAUUAUAAGCAGAUUGCUAAGAUUAAAACGAGAUGGCAUAAAUUACCAGAUAAAUUAUACACAGAUUAUUCAAAGAUUACAAGUAAUUACGAAUAUCACUAGGAUUUUAAGAAUCUCAAAGAUAGUGUAAAGACUACUACGGAAGUGCGCAAGAUUACAAGGAAUCACAAGGUAUUACAAACAUUAAACGCGAUAACGAAGAUUAUAAGGAUUUCAAGGAUUACAAAGGAAACAUAAAGAAUCAAAUAUACACGGAGAUUCCAAAUUAUUGCAAGGAUUCCAAGGAUUGCAAAGGGCUGUAAGUGGCGCACCGAUUGCGAUUUCCCCUUCCAGCAUCCAGAAGGCGCAAUUUAUCUGGAUCCAGGGUGGGUUAAGUUCUUACGGCAGCUUUUUGUGUUGGGGUAACACUGCACGUAGCAUCGGCCGACAUUAAAUGCAAGGACGAAAAACUAUAUUAACAUUCCGCUAUCUGAAAACAUACCUUAAGUCUACCUGGAUGCGUGAAGAUCCGUGACAAGGGAACUCGUGGCAACAUUGUAUAAUAAGUGUGAUUUACGGGCGCCUGAGAAGCAGUUAAUUGAAGAACUAUUGGAAUUGCUAGCUCUGUCGUCGCGCGAGAAGAGAGAUAAAUGUGUACAAGCCGACGCUUGAGCCGAUCGUGCCUCUCUAUCGCUUGUUCCGCGCUCUCGCUUGCACGCUCAGGCUCAGGCGGAAGGUGACACUUUUUUGUGCGUGCAGCCGGUGUACAUCGAUUUAUAAGACGUUAUCGCUUCAAAAAUAUAAGAAGUUUUGUACUUAAAUAAUUGUAGAUUCACAUUUUGGAGGAUUGAAGAGUAUUCGUAAAUUUUUUUAAAAAGAUCUCUUAAUGCGAUUUAACACGGUGAAAACUGUACGUGCACGUUUUUGUCCCAGUGUGAACGCCAAAGCAGUGAAAUUACAUUAUAACCGUACAGGGUUAGAAAAUUCUUAACUAAAAAAAAAACAACAUAUUCAGGUUUAUUUAUUACGUGGCGACUGUAUUUUCGUGAUCUGUUAUGAAGUUUCUUAGAAAUUUUACUUUAUAUAUUACACUUCAACUUCUAUGAAACGAUAUUCGUAUGAUUUCUAAUAUUAUGUGAGUACUAGGGAUUAUAGUUAAAGAAUAAUAAUUACUGUUAUUAUACAGAUAAAACACUCCUUACAAAGGUAUCACACAGGUUAACAGUUAAUAUACAUAUAAGAGAAAUGUUAAACUAAACGAAGCACUCAAUGUGCAAACUACUGAAUAAAUAUUUCACCCUGUUCACUAUUCUCAAAUAUUUGUCUCUGUCCGCAAAACUUCGCAGCUUUAAGUAAAGCGUGUUUCAGUUUCAACUGUACAAUAUACAGUUAAGCUGCCUAUUUACAUCUGAAGACAUUAAAGAAUGACUAUGUGAAUUGCAGUCACGAUGUAUGUCGUGAUGCAUAACUCUGUGUACGAACUAAAUAUUUUUUGACUUAAUCAGAAUGAUUAACAGAGAAAAUGUUUAUUCUUAAAUUUCUCGAUAUAUUUCCGUAAAUUCGGUAUGGCCUGAAAUAACUAUGAAAGCAAAAUGAACGAAAUAACAAAAUAAAUUAUACAAGACUUUUGUACCUCAUCUGCACAUUGCUGUAUGUAACUCAAGUAACGGGUAUAAUAUGCAUCAAAAACACUACUCGGAACUGCUUUGCUUCAUUUAUAACAAUUUUCAUACUUUUAUCGUCUAUAGAAUUUUAAUAUUUUACAAACUCAUUGAAUGACAUUUUAUUAGAGUAUUCAGAACAUUGUUUCCAUAAUUUGAAAGUAUUCAAAGAAAUUUUGAAUAUUGGUUAAUGAAAGUAAUUCAUUCUUAUGGGCACUUCAUAUACUUUUCUCUUAAGUAUUCUCCAGAGUGACAGUAGAAGUAGCAAUAUUGAAGUAUUGUAAUUCAAUAAAAGGGUCAUCUAGAAUAUGUAACUUGAAUUCAAAUUCUUAUUGCACGUAAUUCGUGGGAAAUUUGAAAACCGUCCAAUAAAUAUAAAAUUCAAUAGUACUAUCAUCAGAAAUUAAAAUUACUGUGAAAGUUGUGCAAAAAUUAUUUUAUCACUUUCAAAUUUCUAUUACAUGAAGCCAUCUACAAGUUUCUAAUUAUUUCUGAUCCCAGAGAAUCAUGCCAUAACAGCAUACGUAUACGUUCUUGUGCACAGUAGAAAUACCAAUAAAUCACCAAUCCAAUAGAGAAACAAUACAAGGUUUGAUUUUUUUUACGAAUAGAAUUAAUGUAAAA